AUGACGGUAGCUACGGAAUUCAGCUCGCGACCGGGCUCACACUCGCAUACGCUGAGUGCAUUGGAAGAUCGUUUCGAAGUGAUCAAGGAGAUCGGGGAUGGCAGCUUUGGCAGUGUUCACCUGGCGAGAGUACGCACAGCCGGCGCAAAUGUUGCUCGAAGGAACUCGAUGGUCGCCAUCAAGACCAUGAAGAAGACCUUCGAGUCCUUCUCACCUUGCCUUGAACUCCGCGAAGUGGUAUUCCUGCGCACUCUACCCAAUCACGCUCAUCUCGUCCCUGCACUGGACAUCUUCCUCGACCCAUUCAGCAAGAAACUACACAUCUGCAUGGAGUACAUGGAUGGCAAUCUGUAUCAACUCAUGAAGGCCAGGGACCACAAAGUCAUGGAUCCAAGAAGUGUCAAAAGUAUCCUGUACCAGAUCUUGUCUGGCCUUGAUCACAUCCACGCACAUCACUUCUUUCACAGAGACAUCAAACCAGAAAACAUUCUUGUCUCGACUUCUGCCCCGUCGGAUUCGCAUUCCACCUUCAGCAGGUACUCUGCCCUCGUCACACCACCUUCAACACCACCUACCUACUCAAUAAAAAUUGCCGAUUUUGGCCUCGCCCGAGAAACGCACUCAAAGCUUCCAUACACCACGUAUGUCUCCACACGAUGGUACAGAGCGCCCGAGGUUCUGCUCCGCGCUGGUGAGUAUUCAGCUCCUGUGGACAUCUGGGCUAUUGGUGCGAUGGCCGUCGAAAUCGCCACCUUGAAGCCUCUUUUCCCAGGCGGCAACGAAGUCGACCAAGUCUGGCGCGUUUGUGAGAUUAUGGGCAGUCCAGGAAACUGGUACACCAAAGCUGGCGUUCGCGUUGGUGGCGGCGAAUGGAGAGAAGGCACCAAGCUGGCUCAGAAGCUAGGCUUUUCCUUUCCGAAGAUGGCUCCCCACGCUAUUGAGUCGAUACUGCAACCACCACAGUGGCCGCUUGGACUGAGCAACUUCGUGACAUGGUGCUUAAUGUGGGAUCCCAAAAACAGGCCAACGUCAAGGCAAGCCAUGGACCAUGAGUUCUUCGCUGAUGCUGUCGACCCCCUCCGGCCUAAAUCGUCCUCUCGGCUCCUCGGCAGGAAACAUUCUGACCUCAGCUUCCGAUCCAAGGAGGGUGUCGAUUCACCCCUCCAAACGAAACCAUCGUGGUUCAGACGAUCUCUUAUCGCACGAGACAGUGCUCCAGCAGUUCCUCAACACACCGAAGACGCACUGCUUGCAAAGCAAUCAAGACCUCCCGCUAAUAAACGAGCAACUUGGACUCAUGGCGCAAAUCCUGCCACCAUUGCGCCGAUGCCCAUAUUGCCAUCGAUCAAACCCAUUUCUCCGCUACCAAAUGCUGUCAACGCACAGGGUACACAGGCAAAUGCUGCCCCACUGCCACUACCACCUCAGGUCCCCACACAUCAGAAGCAACUGAAACCGAAACCUGCAGAAGUUGAGCAACAGACGACUCAGCAACAGACAGACGACAAGCAUAGAAAGAUUGGUCGCCAGCUGUCUGUCAACUCUCACGGCAAUCAUUACGCAGAAGCACACCGACUGGAGGCAGAACGUGCUCUUAACGGCAAUGGAUCAACCAGUGGUCUAGUAUCUCCGCCAUAUCAGAAGGAGAGCUUCUUUUCACACCUAAGGAAACGAGCACGACGCUUCUCUGGCCGCCACGGUCUGGCUUCCCCAGGUGGUGAUGAUGUGGAAGCCAAUGCUGCAGCCGUACCUUGGUCAAAUCGAUCAUCUAUCAUGGUUGACAGCGUGAUUCCAGAGCACCAGAAUGAUUUCUCCGACCUCGACAACCUGCUGCAAAGCGUCCGCUACAGUCUGGACAAGUCUGCCGGGGAUCAGCAAGGUAAAGAUGGAUCGCGCUCUAAUCAGUCGACUCUUAAAAGGACGCAUUCUGUUCCGCGAUCUAGCCAGUCCAGGGAAAAUGUUGCAGCCGUCCCAGCACAGCCUGCUGCAAGAAAUCGAAAGUCCAUCCCGCAAAACUUCUACGACACCCCCGAAGAGGAAGACGAGUUGCUCGACGAGGCCCUUCGCUCCGCCAAUCGCGCUGUCCGUCGACUCAACCAGGGCAAACCCACUGAUGCACAAAAGGCCCCCCAACGACAGCCCCUGACGCACGUCUCGAGCAACGCUGGUGUACAAGCUGCGUGCUUGACCCCAUCGCCAUCAGCCAAGCGUAACGGAGUGAACUUCGACCCUAACGCUGUCACUCCAACGCAACCACUCAAUAUUCAACAACGUAAGCAGCAAGAAUAUGCUCCUCCACACUGGCCCACACCUCCGUACGAAGAGAAUGAAUGGGCUUCUGCUGCUGCAGCGAGCAUCUACGCUGCAGGCAGGGUGUACCCCUGA